AUGUAUCCAGAACGGCGUCCGUAUGCCACCACCAUGGAGCACACCGGCUACCGCGACAAGCCUCUCGCACCGAUACCGAAGCCGCCGGCGCAUGCCCUCGAGAUUCUAAACGCAGAGACCGGGUAUGACAGCAUCGUUCCCGUUCGAGGCUCCGUAAAAUCCAGAGGCCGUGGGAUGAUGCUUGAUCGGAAUGGUGCGACUUCUUCGUUAACCCGAGGCUCGGAUAAUUGGGGGGCAUCGGCCGCUCCGAAUGGCCUCUUUGACGGAGACGACAACGACCCUCUUGCUGAGCAGAAGCUGCAAAACCCCUUCAAGUUCGCGACUAAGAUGUACCACGGCUCCCAGCAGGCGGUUCUGAAUACCGAGCUUCGCUUUAAGCUAGAGAAGCUCGUGAAGGACUGGGAGGAUCGUAUGGAUAAGCUUCGCACGCUCAUGGUGCAAUACCCCUUCGACUGCGCUACGGUCAACGCACGCAUGCUUGAGGGGAUUCGCUCUUAUCUUACGGGCUAUCGGUGUGCGGAGGACCUCACCUUGCCUGCGGCGCACCUAGUGCAGAAUCUCAAGCUGCAUACCUCCCUGACCGAAAUUGAACAGGCGGAGGCGGUGCCGCGCCUGCAGAUCGAUGGUGUCCAAUACACCUUAAACAGCUUGCUUACCUCUGGUCACCUCAUCGCCCCGCUUGAGGAGUACCUCGAAGCACUGAAGGUACUAGACCAGGUGGCGUGCUUCGUGAUUGAGGGCUCGGACUCCUGUGAGGGCUCGGGAACGGCGCUUGUGAAGGAGACGGCGCCGUCAAAAGGGGCAAUCCUCCCCAGCAGGGCUGCCAUCUCCCUGCACGAGCGCAAUCACUUCAACCCGGGCGAGUACACUUUGGGUGAGCUUCAAAAGAGUCAGGAUUUCCUCCAGAACAUGGAAGCGCAGGUGCUAGAGGCGAAGUCGCGGAAGGACGCCGCGGUGUACCGCCGCGAACCCAUCGAGGCUCUUCGGAACCUCCACGCACAGAUUGACCUCUCCAACGAGAUGCUCCUGCUGAAUAAGACUCGUAUGGAGUUGGUGGUGCUGUACUGCGACGAUGUGCGCUGUAUGCGGACGGACGUCGCGGAGAAGAUGGAGGGCGCCGAGGGCGCCGCAGCGAGGCUGCGCAGUCGCUGCUCCGCGCUCCUCUCGAAGGUGGCGCACGACAUGGAGGUCCUGCAGGAGGCGAUACGGACCACCCACGAUGAGCUCAGCGAGCUGGAGCGGCAGGAGCAGGAGGCCGAGGCGGCCGCGCAGGAGGCCCUCAAGGGGUUCCAGACCGAGGAGAAGGGCUACUGGGAGCAGAUCCGCGACCUCCUCGAGCAGCUCAGCGGCGCCGCAAGCCGGAAGGUGGAGUUCAUGAUGAGCCACAUGUCACAGCGCGAGCGACGUGCGAGGGCCUAUGUCGAGACUUUCUCUCGUCUGAAGGCUGAGGAGGAGCACAGCGAGCGCCUCAGCGGGGUGCAGAUGUUCGCCCAGCGCUGGGAGCAGGGAAGUGGGAUCUACCAGAAAUACGUCGAGGCCUUCAUCCCGAAGCUACUGAAGCGCCUCAGCGCCAUCGAGGAGUCCGCCAAUGACCUUAACCAAAAUGAAUCGCAGGACUACGUCCGUCGGUAUGAGAUGUUCGCGUACGCGGCGGAGGAGGCCAGGGCGAAGCGCUCCGUGCAGGCCGAUCGCAUGCGCCUCACCCAGCGAAGCAUGCAGAUGAACCAAGAGUGCGCUAUCGAGACGCUUGAUCCGACCGUGGAGCAACAUGCGCAGCGGUACGCCGAGGCUGGCCGGGAGCUCGAGGAGGUCUUGGCGUACAUCGCGUACCUGGAGACCAUCCAGCAGGAGCGGAAGGAGGAGAUCGAUCCGGUGCUGCAGAGCGUCCUCUCACACAACCAACUCACGACGACGGAUCCUCUCGAGCUGGAAAAACAGGAGCUUCAACGGCUGGUCGCGGAGUCCGUUCAGGCGGAGCGGCAGAAUGGCAAGGGCGCCGACGUAGGGAAUGCCGACAGAGCCGCGUCUGACCCUGUCGAGUGCAACGAGGUGCUCGCCGCGGCCAUAAAGGCCGAGGAUGGCGUCUCGAGCAACGCGGUCACUGCGACGCAAUCGAUGAAGGAUGCAAACGGGGCGUUAUCCGUGCUCACGAAAUCGGUCAUCCACCCGUUCCUAUCCGCACGCCAGCAGGGCAUCACGCAUGAGGAGGUGUAUGUCGAGAAGCAUCAGCAGCUUAACGAGGCAGAGUUGUGUGCGGUGGAGACGAAGAUGGAUAGAAUACGGAAGAACAAACUGGAGCAGGCGGAAAUGUCAAUGAGGUACCAAAAUGCGGAUUAUAUUCGGACGCUAUUGGCUGCCAACGACCCGACAUGUCAAAUCUAA